UUUGCCAAAAUAUUUGUUCCGGAUUGUUUCAUCGAUGAAUUACUUUUAUUUGUAAUAGAAAAAGAAAGAGGUAACGACGUUCGUCAAAUAAAUUCGUCAAAUAAAGACGAAUUAUAUUGUACAGGAUAUUUUCUUUUUCUUGACAUAAAACACGCGAUGCAGCUACGUGUUAUAUUUUUAUUAUUGACCUUUAGUGGGUGUGUUUUCGGAAGAGCAGCCAUAAGUACGAAAUCUAAAUUACUGAGGUUCAAAAAUAAUGAUGUACAUAGUCUAGAAAAGCGUGACGUUUAUUAUGAUACUGAUUUUCAACCUGAACCUUUUGAUGUUGAAUUUCAAGGAAAUGAAGGAGUUGAACGUGAAGAAGUACCUGAUAUGUAUACCGAUACAGAUACAAAUUCAAUAAACAGAGAAGAGAACCAAUCCGGAAAUAAUGAUGAAGUGACCACUGCACAACCCAAUAAAAAUGACGAGUCUAGUUCUGAAAUAAAUUCUAAUUCCAAUUCAGACUCCAGUUCUGAGUCUAAUAAGUCUAAUGAGUCCCAAUCCAGUUCUGAGUCGAAAUCUGAUAACACUAACAAUAAGAACCAAGUACAAUGUGGACACAAGAAUAAUAAUUCGAAAUCUAUAUUUUUUAUAUCUCGAAUUACCCGUUUAAUAUCAUCUAUAAAAUUAUUUAUGAUACAUAAUUUCAAAGUUUACGUAGUUUACAAUAUUUACGCAGUAAUUAAGAAAAUAUUUAAUGCAAUAAAAAGUAUUUAUUGCAAAAUUUAUAUAAUUUGGAUAAAGUUUUACAGCACAGUUAAAUCUAAACUGUUCUUUUUACCGUUUGCUCUUAUGGAGAAAAUGAUAUAUAUAACUACAAUUAUACCAAGAUAUUUCUUUAAUUUGAUGAUAAAUUUAAUCUGCAACAUAUUUACAAAGUUCCUACCCUUGUCUUCGAUGAAAAAGCUCACAUGAUGCCGAGACGAAUAAGAUAAUCACUUUUUCCGGGCUAAAUAACUUCUACUACCAGCGUCAUAACAUAUCGUUAUCAAAUAUCUUACUGCAAAUAUUCAAAUAUGAUCCUUAUCACGAUUAUAAAAAUGAAAGACAUGUCUCCUUGCAUUUGUACUCCAAUGUAUUACAUAAAAUGUAUUACAUGCCAACGUAUGUAUAUCGAGACAGUUAUUUCGGGAAUUGUAAUAA